AUGGCGGUAUACUCCCCCUUAGACCCCUUUUCUCUUGCCCUAACCGACAAGGAAAAUGAAAUGGCCAAUGAGGUGCUCUCCACAUGGGUGGGAACGGCAUCCAAGUCACCAACAGUCAAUAUUCUCCCGCCGGGGCUCGACGCGCCGACCUGGGCCGACGUGCUGCAGCAGUUCCGAUCCAUCCUUGGCGACGAGGGAGUCCUGUGCGGCCACGAGCACCGCGUGCGCUAUAUAGAUCCGUACGCAGAGCAGAGCGAUGAGCAGGAGAAGCGUGGAAGCUCUGCCACAUUAUUCCCGGUCACUGUUGAGCACAUCCAGGCUAUCCUGAAGAUCUGCAACAAACACAAAAUUCCACUCUGGACGGUAUCCCGAGGCAAGAACCUUGGAUAUGGAGGCCCGGCAGCGAGGGUGAAGGGCUCUAUCAUCCUUGACCUGCAAUGCAUGCGAAAAGUCCUCGAGAUGAACGACCGCUAUUCCUACUACACCGUCGAGCCUGGCGUGACCUUCUGCGACAUCUACCGCGAGAUCCAGGCGCAGAAGAAGGACAUCUGGUGCUCCGUGCCCGCUCUGGGCUGGGGCUCUGUCGUCGGCAACGCACUAGACAGAGGCUGGGGAUAUACGCCCGCCGGAGACCACUCGAAUCAGAUCUGCGGAAUCGAAGUUGUGCUUGCGGAUGGAACGGUGGUCAGAACCGGCGCUGGCGCCAUUGACAACUCCCCCUGCUGGCCGCUAUUCCGUGGCGGCUACGGCCCAACUUAUGAGAGCAUGUUCAGCCAGAGCAACUUUGGCAUCGUCACCAAGCUCUCCCUCUGGGCGACUCCCAGUCCGGAAGGGUUCAUGAACUGCCGCGUGGAUGUCGAGAAUGAGGAGGAUCUCGUCCCGUUGAUUGACAUCUUCCGCGACCUCCUCCUCCACGACGUGAUCCCAAACCACCCGCUGAUCGGAAACGUGCCGCGCGAAAUGGUCAAGCGCGGACAGCGCAAGGACUUCUAUAAUGGCGCCGGGGCGAUCCCUGACACUCGAUUGAAGGAGAUCCAGACGCAGCUGGGGAUUGGGUUUUGGUCGGCGAGAUUUGGGCUCUACGGACCGAAAGAGCUGAUCGAGUAUAGCUUUGAGCGCUGCCGCAGAGCAUUCCAAAGUCUACCCAGCGCAAAGCUUACAGGGAAGGCAUUCUAUCCACCAGAGGGCAAGACCAAGCUCAGCCCAGAAGAUAUCCCCCCUGCGGACAGAACGGUGGAAACUGGCACCCCCAGUCUUAUGGCUCUCAAGGCCGUCGAAUAUCGCGGUAAAGAUGGUGGCCACAUCUCCUUCUCCCCCGUCCUGCCACCUGAGGGCAGCUCCGCAAUGGCAUUCUACCGCGAUGUCAAGCCGCUUUGCGCGCAGUAUGGCUUUGACUACUUCGGCGGCCUUCAUCUGUACCCGCGACACUUGGCCAUGAUCAACAUGAUCUACUUCGACCGCACGUCAGAACUGGAGCGCACCAACGCUAAUAAACUGUUCGUCGAGCUUGUGCAUCUAGCGCGGCGGCAUGGAUACAGUGAGUACCGGGCACAUAUUGACUACAUGGACUUGGUGGCAGACCAGUAUGAUUUCAACGGGUGUAGCCUGCGGCAGCUGAAUGAGAGGAUUAAAGAUGCCCUCGAUCCAAAUGGAAUCUUGAGUCCUGGCAAACAGGGAAUCUGGCCAGGGAGGUCUAGAGAGCUGACUGAGAAGAAGGAUUCUUACCAGGGUAGCUCUCAAAGGCUGUUGGGUCUCAUCCUUUGCUGA